CUUCGGCUUCUUCCAUGGUCUAUGUCUUGGGCGUAAAUCUACCAGACCGCCAUUUGGUCAAGUUUGCCUUAACACAAUUCUAUGGCGUCGGCCACGAGACAGCGGGGCGCAUCUGCGCGCGUUUCCAAAUGCAUCGAACCUGUCGAGUUCGCGACCUCACACCGUUGCAAGUGACUGCGCUGGCAUCAUUCCUAUCAUCACCCAAAGACUCCAUCUCUCCUGUUCGCUACCCAGUAGCCAUGCCCGACUUCGUUCCUUCUCCAAAAACACAUUCCGAACUCGUUGCCGAAUUUCGUGCAGCGCGGGCGCAACGCGAAGAGGAAAACAAGAAACCCGGGUUUGUAUUGCGGAGACUGCGAGACGCGCGUGUACGGCCCGACCAACUGAAGGAACUGAAGCUGGAGGCAGAGCUGCGCCAGGAAGUUCGGGAAAACAUCGCGCACCAGAAGAUGAUCGGCAGUUAUGUUGGACGGAGGCACGCUAUGGGACUUCCCGUCAGAGGGCAGAACACACAGAACAAUGCGAAGACAGCUCGCAAGCUCAACAGAGUUGAACGACGGAGCUAGUGCUGGAGCGUUGGACUGCAGUCACAGGUAUCUUUGGGGCGGCGUGGGUGUCUUCGCAUAUAUUGACGCUGUAAUAUUCCUGUUCCUUCUGUGAUCUACCUUGGGCAGAUAUAGAAAGAUGCCGAGUGUGGACUUCCUUCCAACCAUAACUAUCUCUCAAGUACAUCCAUUGAGAGUUUCAAAUCAGCAAUCUCGGAAGUUGCCGCAU